UACUCAGAUUGUGGCGCGGCGACUGCUGUAAAAUGGAGGUGGUCUCGGCGGCCGAAGAUGGUCGGGAUGGUCCCCGGGAGCGGCGAGGCUUGGGUGAAGCCGAGAAGCCGCAGCAGAACCACGAAGUGCGGCCUCAGUCCGGGGCAGACCGGUUACCAAAACAUUCCUACUGGUUGGAUCUCUGGCUCUUCGUCCUCUUAGACAUGGUGUUGUUUUCCUUCAUGUAUUUUUUGCCCUGAAUGGUUUGCCUGAUACCUAAAUUAAGAAUUUUGGCUCCUGGAGUGGAUCCUGAAAAUGACUACAAACUUCUUGAACAAAGACGACAGGAUUGUGCACCAGAAGAAUUUCAAACUCUAAGGGACCUUCAUUUCAUUUUACACAUUCUGUUAUUCUUUGCGGGGACUGUAUUAAAUGGGUAAUGAUCUCAGCCAUUCAUAGCUACGUUCUUAAAACUCAGCUCUGAUUCACGUUUUAAAACUUUUUACAGAUUAUCUGGUGGCUUUACAGGGGCUGAACAUAAAAAGUAUUUAUUUAUACAUGAAGGUUUAUUAUACUCAUUAGGAAAUAGAUUAAUGUUUUUCCUUUAACAUUUUAAGGGUUGGCCAAGGUUUAGUAUGAUGCAGAUAAUAAUGGUGAAGUAAUAAGGUGAAAUAUUUAGAAAUAAAUUAUCCAAAAGCAAGGGAAGGAUUUUGAAAAAGGAGUUAAAAGCUAUACAGAAAAUGCAGGCCCACAAUAUAUUUGCUGUAAGUGCCAGUUUAAUUUUUAGAUUAAGUGGACCUCUGUUAUGGUUGCUAGGUUGGUACAAUCUUAGAGAAAGUAUAUAAUAUCCAGUAAUGGAAGACUAGAGUGCAUGUCCUCUUACCUGGAUGCUUCCCCUCACUUUUAAGCUCUUGAACUCUGUAAAGUAGGACUGUGUGUUUCAAACCUAAUUUUUAUUGUGGUUGCAUUAAGAAUGUUUGUGGCCAAAACAUGUUUAUUAUAAUGUCUGUAACUUACUUUAAUACUCCAGCAAAGUCACCAUAUUUACUCAUUGAGCAAAUGUUUGAGCACUUACUGUGGGCCAGGUAC